AUGGAGACAAGAUCCAUGUCUAGAAGAAGAAAGGAAGAAAGUCAUGAUAGAGAUGUAUCUGAUAUCAGUUCCAGUAGCGAUGAUUCAAAGACGUUAGAUUAUAAACUGCAUCAGAUUUUCCUUAAAUACUCUACCAAUCUUAACGUCGUACACCUCAAUGCUCAGAGCAUUCCCGGUCAUUACCUUGACUUACUCCGAACAUUCACAAAUGCACAUAGCAUUGAUGCUAUAUUAGUUUCCGAAACGUUUUUAAAACCUGACAUGGCGUCAAUUCAUUACGGUCUACCAGGUUUCAAACUUAUACGCAAUGAUAGAGAAGGUAAACCCAGUGGAGGAGUUGCUAUUUAUCUUCGUCAUGACAUACCUUUUAACUACGUCACUCGCUCGCCCGGGGUCUAUUCUAAAUCCGCGGAACAUCUCUUCAUUGAAAUCUUUCCAGGCGGCACCAAAGUCUUACUAGGCGUGUACUAUUCGCCGUCUUUGACCAUCAAGUAUUUUCCAUCGUUCGAAGGUUUAUUGAACCGAUUACGCCCCGAGUAUGAACACGUGAUGAUUAUGGGCGACUUCAACACGUGUUUGUUAAAAAAUAACAAGCGAGCACAAGAAUUGCUCCGAAUAUUAGAUUCCAAUAGACUGAAUAUUCCCUUAUUGGAUCCGACUCACUUUGCGCCCAAUACCAAACCUUCUUUACUUGAUUUGAUGAUGGUUUCUGAUACAGAUAACAUCGCUAAGUAUGGCCAACUGACUGGGUGUUUCUCUUAUCAUGAUAUACUAUUUAUGUCUUACAAAGUUCCAUCGCCUAAACAGAAUCUCUGUAGUAACUUUGUAAUGGAGAUUAUACCGACUAAUGGAGUAACGCCAACGUCACCUCCCACACCAAUCUUAGAGCCAUUGUGGCGUACGAGAGAUGUUCGGGAAGCUUUAGCAAGACAAUUAAAAGCCAAAAGGAAACUGAAAAGAAAGAGAACUCCAAGUGUAUUAAUCGAUUACCAGAACUGUAGAAAAAUCGUUCGGAACUUGGAACUGAAACUUAGAAAUACAAGAGCUCCAGUGCGCGCGUCGCCCGAGCCGCGGCGGAUCAACACGCUGUCGGAGCCGCCCCAUCACGUCGACUUCACCAACAAUACAGGCGCCAUGCUCAGUUGCAGCAUCAAGGGACAGUAUCAAGUCGACUGGCUCUUAGCGGACAAUUCUCCGCUUGUUGCGGUAAAUGGGUUACGGAGGGUACUUCUAAAUGGCUCGCUGGAGUUUCCCCCCUUCCCUGCAGAGAGGUAUCGACGAGAUGUACACGUAGCUACAUAUAAAUGUCGAGUGAAAUUAAACAGCGGGUACGCUGUACUGUCAAAGAACGUACACGUUCAUGCAGUCGUGGACGGUGCAUGGGAUGUAUACGUCCGCGAUGAGUACGUAAUGUCAGGCAACGCGGCUGUGCUGCGCUGUGCGGUGAGCGCUCACUGCGCGGACCGCGUUGACACCACCGAUUGGUUCACAGAAGAUGACGUUAACGUUGUCAGAUAUAUAGGGGCAAAGUACCAGAGUCUAGACGACGGGUCGCUCUACAUAAGCUCUGUUAGCGCUGACGACCGGUACAAUGCUUUCCGCUGCAGGGUGCGCGACCGAAUCACCGGCAGUAUGCAUUUCAGUCAGUACUUUGGUCGGAUAAUAGUGACUGAACCAAAGGGCGAGGUGAGGCCCAGGCUGGUGCUGGAGGCACGCUCCCGGCGCGUGCAGGUGGGGCACGAUGUGCGGCUGCCAUGCGCCGGACACGCCUGGCCAGUGCCGACUUACAGAUGGUUUCGUGAACAUUAUGAACAGUUGAUCCCGCUAGAGAAAUCAUCAGUUUGGCAACGGGCGGUACUCCUAGGAGGCGGCCUACUCAGCAUACAGAAGGUUAGAAGAGAGGAUGCAGGUAGAUUUGUUUGUUACCUCAACAACACAGCUGGUGAAGAAGCAUUACGAUUUACUCUCAUAGUCACAGAACCAAUCUCCGUCCGUAUAAAACCCGAAGUGAUCCGAACAAAGGCUAACACGAACAUAACUUUCGACUGCAAAGUAACAGGGCAUCCUAUAGAAAUAGUUUACUGGUUACACAACUCUAAAGUUGUCAAGUCGUGCGACAGAGUGAAGAUAUCAGAAGACGGCUAUAGGAUACAUAUCAAAAACACACAGGCAAACGAUGAGGGCGUUUAUCAGUGCUUUGCAAGCAAUAUGCGGGAUCAGGCGUACGGCAUAUCGGAAUACUCAAUUGACCAGUCGGAGAACCGCAUGCGGGGCGUGGGCAACCGAUCGCGGCGGACGCCUCACGCACGCAGCGCGCACUCGCAUGAUACCGCAGACUGGAAUUUCACCGGCAACAGAGAAUCCAAACCGGAGCUGGUGUAUUGGUUUUCGGAGCAGACGCUGCAGCCCGGGCCAAGUGUGUCUCUGAAGUGUGUCGCCAUGGGACAUCCUCCCCCACAGUUCUCCUGGACUCUCGAUGGAUUUCCUAUUCCAACUAACUCAAGAUUCGUUGUUGGUCAACACGUGACGUUACAAGACGAUGUGGUCAGCCAUCUUAACAUCAGUCGUGUGACGGAACAAGAUGGCGGAGAAUACGCCUGUGUUGCCAGUAACACAGCCGGCAAAACCAGUCACGCGGCCAGAGUAAAUGUUUAUGGCUUGCCUUACAUUCGGGAAAUGCCCAAAGUGACUGCAGUAGCUGGAAGUGAUUUGAAUAUAAAAUGCCCUGUCGCUGGUUAUCCUAUAGAAUCAAUCACGUGGGAAAGAGAUGGACAAACAUUACCACUCAAUCGACGGCAGAAAGUGUUUCCCAACGGCACACUGGUCGUGGAGCAGACUCAGCGGGGAGAGGACGCCGGCACUUACACCUGCCAAGCUUCCAACAGACAACGACAUGCCGCUAGAAGAGACGUUGAAGUACAAAUACUUGUACAGCCAAAGAUCUUACCGAUACAGCCGUUAACAAAUCUACUUCGGGAAGGCAUGAGGGCGGCGAUUUCCUGUCAGAUUUUAGAGGGAGAUCUUCCGAUCGCGUUCCGAUGGGAGAAGAACGGACAACCGGUGACAUCGUCUCCGUACGCACCGAGCGGCAUAAUCACUCGCAGGAUGGAUGAAUACAGCGCUUCGCUCGUUAUCGAACAUAUUACAUCCUUACAUAGCGGAAAUUACACCUGCAUAGCUUCCAAUAUCGCCGGAUCUGAACGAUUUACAGUGCCUCUCACUGUUAAUGUGCCGCCGAGAUGGCGACUGGAGCCAAACGACAUUGCGGUAGCUGCCGGCCAGGACGUCACGCUGCAAUGCCAAGCUGACGGCUAUCCCAAGCCAAAUAUUACAUGGAAGAAAGCAGUAGGUAACACGCCAGGGGAGUAUAAAGAUUUCCUAUUCGAGGGCAGCUCCAGAGUGCUCGAGAACGGCUCGCUGAUAUUCGAGCGUGUCGCCAAAGAUAGCGAGGGCCACUACCUUUGUGAAGCGAGGAAUGACAUCGGUGCAGGACUUAGCAAGUUGAUAUUUCUAAAAGUUAACGCGCCGGCGCGGUUCCCAAUGAAGAGUAAAACAGUACAGGUGACGGCAGGCGAGGCGGCUCACCUACAAUGUGCUGCAUCGGGGGACUCCCCGCUAGAAGUUAGCUGGAGGAGUCCACAUCAUCAUACUAUAGCGCAUCAUCUUGAUCAAAGAUACACAAUACGUGAACAAGUUCUUGAUGACGGACUUGUUUCAGAGCUGAGUAUCCUACAGACAUACCGACAGGAUACCGGGGCGCUCACUUGCAGAGCGUCCAAUGCGUACGGACAAGACGAAAUGCUCAUACACCUAGUUGUGCAAGAGGUUCCAGAAAUGCCAAAAAACAUAAGAAUAAUAGAUCAACAAUCGAGAUCCAUACAAAUAUCGUGGACACAACCGUACGCUGGAAACAGUCCAAUUAUUAAUUACAUUGUACAAUAUAAGGAAGCUCCAGAACCGUGGCCAACAACACCUCAAAAAGUCAUAGUACCGGGUAGCGUAACAUCAGCUAGUGUACAAAACUUACAACCGGCGACGUCUUAUCAUCUCCGUAUCAUUGCUGAGAAUAGACUUGGUCAGAGCGAGCCCAGCCAACUUGUACAAGUCACUACUACAGAAGAAGUUCCGAGUGGCCCACCAUUGGACGUUAGAGUCGAGCCCAAAAGUUCAACGGAGCUAAUUGUCAGUUGGGAUCCGCCUCAGAAGGAUUUAUGGAAUGGCAAUAUUCUCGGUUACUACGUUGGAUUUCAAGAACUAAACAACAACAGCUCGGUACUAAUAGCGAGUGGUCCAGGCGGAGCUUCGUACACAGUACGCACGGUGGAAGGCACGGGGUCAGCGCGGGCUCGUACCACGCUUUCCGCGCUGCAGAAGCACACGGCAUACGCGGUGGUGGUGCAGGCUUACAACAGCCGUGGCGCUGGGCCUGCCUCGCCGCCAACGACUGCCACCACUAUGGAAGACGUGCCAAGUCUUCCGCCCGGAUCCUUGCAGUGCGCCGCCCUAAGCUCGCAGUCAGUGCGCGUCACGUGGGAGCCGCCGCCCGUCAGAGGGCGCAACGGAGUAUUACAAGGAUACAGGGUCACCUACGCACCCGUCACCGAUUGGUAUGGUAUAGAAGAGGCAGUUACAAAACAAAUAUCAGCAUUGCACACCACGUUAUCAGGACUACGAAGGUACACAAACUAUUCUGUCACUGUUUGUGCCUUCACCGCUGCCGGUGACGGAGUGAGAGCUGCGCCCGUCUACUGCCAGACAGAAGAAGAUGUACCUUCUGCUCCAGCUGAUAUUAAAGCAGUUGUUUCAUCACGAAACAAGAUUCUUGUAUCAUGGCUUCCACCGACAUCGCCUAAUGGUGUUCUCGUUGGAUAUACGUUGUACAUGAGCGUCAUAGAAGAUGGACGAGAAGAAGGAACACAUAAACGAAUGCUGUCUCCGAGUACAUUAUCACAUGAAACCGCAAGAUCACCGCCGAGAGGGACUCAUCAAUUCUGGGUAUCUGCCUCUACAAGACUUGGGGAAGGUGAAGCGACUCGAGUUGUUACUGUUUUGCCUUCAGACUCAGUGCCAGCGAGAAUAACGUCCUUCAGUCGUAGUAUAGUUACUCCAUGGAAGGAAAAUAUUUCAUUGUCGUGUAACAAAGUUGGUAUCCCAACUCCAUCUACCACUUGGAGUAUGAACGGUGCUGUACUGGAAUCUACUUUGAGGAAAAACGUUACCAACGACGGAACUUUAAUUAUCAGUAUGACACAAUACGCGGACAGUGGCAACUACACGUGCGCAGUGGAGAACCCCCACGGACGGGACGAGGUGACGUACAGCGUGGAAGUAAAGGUGCCUCCCCAACCUCCGGUGCUAGCCGUUGUCGACUCUUAUGCGGACUCCUUGCACCUACAGUGGAGUGACCAGGGGGAUGGUGGCAGCCCUAUUUUAGGCUACGUGAUCAACUACAAGCGUGAACACGGCGACUGGGAAGAGCUGCAGGUGGAGGCGGGCACGUCUGAGCACGUGCUGCCCAACUUGUGGUGUGGCACACGCUAUCAGCUAUAUAUCACCGCCUUCAACCGCAUAGGCACCGGCCUGCCCUGUGACAUCGUACAUGCCUACACUAAGGGCACUGUGCCUGUGAAACCAAAGCACUCACAGAUGAUAACGCUCAAUACAACAACGGUAACGGUUUGGUUGGACUCUUGGGGAGACGGCGGCUGUGGAAUAUUGUAUUUUGUUAUUGAAUAUAGAGAAAUAAGUCAAACACCGUGGCGGCUGGUGUCAAACAGCGUGCAAGCAACAGAGCGCGUGUUCAGCGUGACUGGCCUGGCGCCCGCCACGCACUACCAGCUACGCAUCACAGCCCACAACAACGCCGGACACGCCCUCGCACUCUACAACUUCACCACGCACUCCCUCACCGGCAUGGUGGAGGGCGAGGUGUCACCGGCGGUGCCCGCGGCAGGCGCGCGAUCUCUAGGAAGCGCUCGCGUGCUGCUGCCGGCUGCGCUCUCGCUGCUCGUGCUCGCCGCGCUCAUCGCUAUCGUGUUGCUUGUGCGACGGAACAAAGCGGGCACAACAGAGACCGCUGCACCGGAGGCGGGCGUAGGAGAGUCUCCGUCGGUGGCGCAGCUGCAGAAUAAGGUGAACCGCGACCAGCAGUACUUAGCAGCGCGCGCGCAGCACCCCGCCCCACCGCACCACUAUAAGCACGCCUCUAAUGAAUACAUCGAGGACAUUUGCCCAUACGCAACGUUCCAGCUGACGAAGCCAGCGUACAGCGAGAGCAGCUACAGCGGCAAUGUGUACAGCGGCCCUUACCACUCCGUGCGCGGCUCCUUCGUCUACCACGACCUCAAGCAAAACGAUAAGUACAAGGGCAAAGAACCGGAGUAUACUAAAGUUAGAAGAAAAGGCGCGAGACUCCGAGACCCGCAUUCGGAGAGCCAAGAGUCGGACAACUUGGGCUCCACGGACUCGGAGGUGAAGAAGAUAUUAACGCUGCACCUGCCCAUUACAGAGUACGAGGACGACGCCAGCGACGACGCUAGCGCCCCCCACUCCGACAGCGAACCUGCCGCCAGGAUACGACCCGCGCACCCAACUACCUACCCGAGUGUAGAACGCGAAGAGUCAUCGUCUUCGUCGGAGAAUUCGGUAGGUGGCGUUGUCCGCAAGGCGUUCCCGAGCCGCAAGGGUAAAGCGGGCGCGCUUGGCAAGCGACACGUGCGCUCAUCUAGCGGAUACAGCAGUCACAACGACGAAACCACAUUCAGCAUAUCAAACUACCCGUCGUUCAACGAGCACAUUCACCCGCCUUCGAGGUUCUCGGACGACACAGAGUUCGAGAGUCACCAUCGCCGCAAGCCAAGCCGCGCUCACGACAAGACCUCGCGUGAAGCAUUCCAGAUUAAUGUUUGAACACGUAUUAAAAUUACGUGUAGUCAACAUGUAAACACAUUUUAAAAUUUUAUGUAAACACAACGUAACUUGUGAACACGUUUUCA